AUGGUGGAUAGUGCUCCAAACAUGAAGCUAACAAUGGUUUCAAGCUUGGUUAUGAUCAUUCUGUCUAUUUCAUCAUUGGGCUCAGCAUCACUGCAGGUGGGUUUCUAUAGCUCCACAUGUCCAUCUGCUGAGGCAAUUGUCAGAAGAGCAGUCAACAAAGCAAUUUCUCUCAACCCUGGAAUAGGUGCUGGUCUUAUUAGAACGCAUUUCCAUGAUUGCUUUGUGAGGGGUUGUGAUGGUUCAGUGUUACUUGCAUCCACACCCGGUAACCCACCUGCUGAGAGAGACAACUUCAUAAACAAUCCAAGCUUACGUGGGUUUGAAGUGAUUGAGGAUGCCAAGUCUCAAUUGGAGUCAGCAUGUCCUCACACAGUCUCAUGUGCUGACAUUAUCGCCUUUGCAGCUCGAGACUCUGCUCUCAAACUUGGUGGCAUUAACUACGACGUUCCAUCAGGACGCAGAGAUGGUCGUGUCUCCAUCGGUGAUGAAGUGCCACAAAAUGUACCAGCACCAACCUUCAAUGUUGAUCAACUUGUUGGCAAUUUUGCAAGAAAAGGGUUGUCAGCAGAUGAAAUGGUGACACUUUCAGGAGCCCAUUCAAUUGGUGUAUCACACUGUUCCUCCUUCUCUAAACGUCUGUAUUCAUUCAAUGACACAUACACUCAAGAUCCCUCUAUGGAUCCUUCAUAUGCUGCAUGGUUGAAAACAAAGUGUCCGCAACCACCGAGCAACACAGACCCAACGGUGGCACUUGAUGCAGCCACGCCAAUUCGAUUGGACAACAAGUACUAUAAGGGAGUGAUAAACCAUCGUGGGUUGUUGACAUCCGAUCAGACAUUGUGGAGCAGCGAAUCAACAAGGCAAAUGGUUAUAAGCAAUGCUAAUUAUAAUCAUAAUUAUAAUUAUAAUUAUAAAUAUAAUAAUAAUAAUAAUGGAGCAAGUAAUUGGGCUGUGAAGUUUGCAAUGGCAAUGGUCCACAUGGGUUCUAUAGAUGUCCUAACUGGCUCAGAUGGCGAGAUCAGGACAGAUUGCAGCUUUGUUAAUCGACAAUAG